UUUAAAUUAUCUGAUAAAAAUAUAAGAUAAUGUCAUAUAUAAUAGAUGCUUUUGCUCUGAUUCUUUCACAAAUUCAACAUAUAACGAGAGUUUUAGUCCACCAAAUUUUUAUUUUUGUUUUCCUUCUUCUUUUAACUUUCUUUUCUUCUACUCCUUCCACUUCUACUUCACCCCCUUCUCCUUUUCGCACCUUUUUCUUCUUGCUCCCCCUUGUUAUGUCUCAACUUCCCUUUACUCAACUCUCUCACCUAAAAUUUUUCUCUUUCUUCCUCUCUCACCACCCCAACCUCUACAAAAGGAAAAAAGGGCUUGUAGUUGUAGUACUGCUCAAGAAACAGAAGAAGAAGAUGAAACAAGUUAGAAAUUUUGGGACAAUGAGUAUAAGGAUUCUCAGGAGUUUUUACAUAUUCAUUCAACUUUCUUGUCUUCUUAUCUUUUCAGGUUCAAAUGCUAGACAUACAAGACUAGUAAGACAGAAUUCCAAGUUCAUUUUCAGUAGCCAAAAGGACAUCACAACUCCAAUAACAACAGUUCCAACUGGAACUCCUCUAACCACUACUCCCAUUACAACCACUCCAGUACUGAAUCCAACAAUCUCGGAUCCCGAUUCGAUCCCUAACGGCCCUUCCAAUCCAGUACUGACACCAUCCAUAACCAACUCCCCCGCAUCUUCAUCAAGCGCGAGCAGCUGGUGUGUCGCUAGCCAAGCUGCUUCGCAAACUACCCUGCAGGUCGCUUUAGACUAUGCUUGUGGAUAUGGUGGUGCUGAUUGUUCUGCCAUUCAGCCUAAUGGCAUCUGCUACAACCCCAACACGCUCCGCGCUCACGCUUCAUUUGCAUUCAACAGUUACUAUCAGAAAAAUCCAAUUCCUAAUAGCUGCAAUUUUGCUGGUGCUGCUGUUACAACCAACACUGAUCCUAGUAGUGGUUCAUGUCAAUAUCCAUCAACAAGCACGAGUGCAUCCAUUUUGAACACGACGAAUUCAAGUGGUUCAACAGUAUUUGGAGCAGGGCCAAUUACGCCGACUACUUCAUCAGCUGUCCCGCCAAAUAUCUUCCUGAAUUAUUACUGCCACAUUUUAAUUUAUCUUGUGAUACUACUAGCAGACUAUAAUCGAUGAAUCGUAACUUCCUCUGAAGCCAGUUUUUCCCUUGGCAAUUGUGGAGUACAACAUACUGCUGGCUGGAUAUAUAUAUAUAUAUACAAGAUUGAUCAGUUUACAGAAAUGGUGUGAUCAAUGAUGUCAAAUUGGUAACAAGUUGUUGCUUUUUAAAAUCAAUUUGCUGAAAUGACAUCUUGCUUUUUGGGAGAUAAAAAGAGUCGUGUGUAGAGCUGUAGAUGAAAGUGAGAAAUUUCUGCUUGAUUUGUAUUAUUGCUAGGUAGAAUCUAAGGUUUCUUGUAAGUUGUAAGUUUUGUAAAAUCAUAAACACUAAAUAGUUGUGUUGAUAUAAUAGCAUGAUAUAUUGCUUUUUGUUUU